AUGUCGUCCAACGCUCCCCCGCCGCCACCCCUCCCCCCGCCCAUCAAUCGGCAGCACGCGACUCUGUCGGAGGUCUUGCCACCAGUCGUGAAUCCCCAGGGGCCACCAGGAGCCCUUUUGCUCGAACUAAUCAUAUACAACGGCUCCCCUUUCAAAGACCACUGGGCAUACCGAGUUGUCUCUGCAAGGGAUCCCGAUAUCGGCGUGGUCAUCCACGCCACGGGCGACGUGGCAAACGGCUUCAAGUUCGAGAUCAAGCGGCACCACGACAUGAAACACAGUUCCAGGGAGCCCACGAGGAUCCCGCUUCAGUGGGUUCCAGCCGAGUUUCUGGACGAGAAGGCCAUGUUCAAUGACGGGGUUCCCAAAAUGGACACCAAUCCUGUUUGCCCCCUGGAGCACAGCCUGUACAAGGUGAAGCCCCCUGGCAAAAGCCUGAACGUGGCAAAUGACAAUGCCGGACCUCCCGGGAGAAGAAUCGUUCAGCGAAACUGUCAGACGUGGAUCAUAGAGUCAGCCGACGGUCUGGUAAAUGAUAAGAUCUUGAGCCAGGAGGUAGCAGACUAUCUUCGCGCUAUCGAACAGUAGCUUCUCAGCCAGCCACACUGAGUCAUUGAAGACCUCUGAGCGCUAGAUCAAGACACAGAUGAACUGCCGCUUGUCGUUAUGAAUAGUCAC